CAGACGCCUAUUGAUUCCAAAAACCAAGAGCAAGAACUGCAAAGUCGGGCCACCAGUGAAAGAUGCAGCGCCCGCGGACAACCGCAAUGAGCCUAGCGUGGAAGUACUAGGACUUGAAGACGAAAGGCUUUGAAACGAAACGCCAUUUCGUCGGGGACGCACGGUGCAGAUGCAGACGCCCCCGUCCAAGAAAACUACAGUAGCCCCGGUACAGGCGGCCCUGUACCGGCUUCUGCUGCGCACGGCCCGCCGCAUCGACCGGGAUCCUGUGGCACGGGUCUUCGUGUUGGCGCCGCCGAAAAAAUUUUGGAUGCACGAAUCGGCCCGGACCUACAAGUUCCAAGACACCGUACCCGCGUUCCACGUGCUGACGCGUCUACUCAAACGCGCCAAUAACGACGGGGAAUUCUUUUUGCCGCCGCCGCCGCCGAAGGAGAGUAGAAGUACCGCUUUGGAGGAGGUUUUGUCAAAGCACGACCAGGGUGGGAACCGCGAAGAUCAACACCAUAAGCUGGGCGACGUGAAACAAGUAGAACUGCUGCGCCAAAAACUAUCUUCACCGUUGCAGCCCAGUUACUUUUCCGCGCAGCUACCGUACCUUCUUACCCGGGCCGUGAAGCACGUGCGGGCCGACCCUAUGCUUUGCAAAAUUAUCGUCGUACUCGUACUUUAUCAUUGUACCAUUAUGAAGCAGAAUUGAAUUUACACCAUUUGUGCAUUUGCACAAACAUACGUUUUGGCAUGCACAAGAAAAACCACACAAUUUGUUCCUUUGGCAAAAGUUCGAAGAACGAGUCGUACCAAGAUAUCUUUGCAGAGGAUAGGCGUUGUAUCGCAGCAGGACGCCUUUGAGACGAUUAAGUAUUUCAACUUCGUGCUCAACCUGACGUCCAGCUUUUCGCCGUUCAGCAGCACAAAGUUGCCCUCCUCGUCCCGUAUUGUCGCGUCGACUGCGCGGGUGCGACAGCAAGGCGCGAAGUACCACAUUGUUGACCACGAAGACGUAGUUUCUGACCAGCCCGGAGGUGAAGUAGGCCACCUCGGUCCGACCAAUGAUCUUCGCAAGAACUCCGGCAGACGCGGCGCGCCGGUGCGGCGGCGCAGGUCCUCGGACCAAGUCAAUUUGCUUGAAGAUCAGCAGGAUGGGACGAGUGGCCCUGUUCCUCGUCCUACCAACGGGAAAAUAGAUGGUGACGCCGCUCGUGGAGAUGAACAAGAAAGCAGCUACACAGCCGCCCAAGUAGAAGGAGAAGAAGCACCCGCAGCGACACAAAAUGACCCGAAAACCGAAGUUCGCGAUCCCCCGGAACUGCAGCGGAGAAAGAACGACCGAAACGUGAAAACUGUUGUGGACGCCAUCGACCAAAAUGUUUCGCAAAUGUUGCAAGGGACGGACAUGGCGGCAUUGUUCGAACAAGGAAGGAGCAACAAAAACGGAGAGGACCACUCUUCUUCUGGAAGCAGGGACCACGGCGAAACUGGCACGAAUUCCAAAGCCCUCUACGCUGCAAUCGCACAGUUGGAGCUCGUUGGUGACCAAGUGUACGGCAAGUUUGCGAGGACAAGCAAGAAAAACACAAAAAGCACCACCACGACGAACGAGAGCGAGCCGCUGCCCUCACGUAGUGCGGACAGCAUUGCAGCGGAGCUGAAGCGCAAGCAGUCGACAAGGGAUCAUGAUCAUCUGCAUGCUGAACAAUCUCCGGUCGGAAGUAAGACAGCUGAUGGUCAGACCGAAAAGGACCUCGAGCACGGAACUAGCACCUCCGCAACUACAAGUAGCGCUUCCUCGACGUCCGGAGACCACUCUGCGUCGAAGACGCCAGGAGAUAGCGGCGGCGAGGACGAAAAUGCUGCAAAUGAAGAGGAAAAGCCUAUCAAACGUACAACUGGUCUUGGCUAUAGCAGAGCAGCUCCGGCGUCAUCGCCUACGGGCUUCAGUGGCGAUAGCGCAUUUCCGGAAGACAGCACCGCUCUGGACCGCGGGAUUGCGGAGUUGUUGUGGCGCGAACGGCCGUGGCCCAGCGACAGCGCCGGCAGCUUGCUGAGUAGACGCAACAAGAACGCGCUUGGAGACACCGCCGGACCCCCGGGCAGCCCGAACAACGGCGGCGGGAGCGGUAGCAAGGGACAGAAAACCACGGCUAGUGCGAACGCGGAAAACAAAUCCACGUCGAACGUGAGGGGCGGAACAAGUUCUCUGGCGGAUACAGAAAUUUCCGGUACGACUACGAACACCGGCGACUUAAACGCGACAUUUUCCGGCGGGCCCUGUAGCUCUGACGAAACAGCCAUUGGCGCCUCUCCUGAUCGAGAAGAUGCUGGCAGCACGUCAAAAGAAAAGGCGCAAGAACAACAGCAGCCCAACGCCGAGCCGCGGACCUUGGUCUUGUCGAAAGACGAUCCCGCGUGGGAGAAAGCCUUCUGGGAGCUGCUACACCCGGGCUGCACGGUGGAAGGGCUUCGCGCGGCGGAAACGCGGGCGCAGAGCAGAGGCUUUCUCGAACGGGUGAUUCCCAGCUCCGUGCGCAUCGUGCCCAUCCGUGAGGACGUGCGGAAAAUCGAAAGCAAGGAGGAACUCGACGUUUUCCUUGACUCCAAGUUGCUGCGUCCUUCCGCGAGAAACAGAAAAGGAGCCACCAGUUCGACGAACAACAGAGAAAACAAAUCACCUGCGCCGACGAAUAAGAGCGGCAAGAAGACGUCGCAUACGCAGAACACCACCCCACACCAGCGGGUCCGCUUUGAAAUUCCGGUGGGGGAAUUGCAGCAGACAUCGUCCUCGAGGAAAAUCUCAAGUGAGCAGAACGGUAAGAACCUAAAGGAACCGCCGGCGCGGCCGCACCUUCAAAGUGAAUCCUUUUCAUCAUCGUCAACUCCUUCUAAAUCGGGCUCGGACAGGAAAAAUGCAGCUACCUCCAGUCGUUCCACUACUUCCACCAUCCCCGGACGAGAGGAAAACCAGAACGACCCUGAGGUGACCACAGAAACUCUUACAUCCACAACCCCAAGCUCGAAACGGACAAGUGUGUACGAUUUCGCCAGUAAGGAGGAGGUCGACCGCUUUCUUGACCGUCUGGAGCGUCGCCGAACCGGAACGAAGGGGAAAGCAAGGACUACAGGUAGUACAGCCGCGACUACAAGCGGAACGACCAGUGCGUCCUCAUCUGCACCGGGGGGAAAGAACAAGAACAUCGCGACUUCUGCUGGCACAGAUGAUGUGACCAAAACAUCCGGAAUGAAGGCCACUCCAGAGCACCACUCCAACAACGGCAUGAAGUCCGCGCUGGCACCAGGAGGCGAGGUCGCUGCUCCUCUCACCAAAGAGGACGUGGAACGAGAGUUAGAUCGUCUCUUGUUGCAGCGCAAGAACCGCACACUGCAACGCCAGCAAAUCGUGGCGACCCGCUUGUUGCGCGCCAUCGCCGAAAAGCUCCAUCGAGAUGUUGACAACGCCUCUGAAGGCCGCUCCGUACUUCUCGAGGGAAAUGCGGUUGGUACGGGCGCAAUUUUCCCUCCUCCUGGAGGCCGCAAACACAAACUGGCGCAUCAGCGAAGGCAGGCGUUCAAGGGGGUUCAUCUCCAUAAGACAACUACGGGGAACUACGGAAACAGUAUGGAAGAGGACAAUAGAGGUGGAAACGCAAACGAAUCUUUACGUGAAGACAAGCAACAGGAUCAUGGACUCGAGGAAAACCAGGCUACCGACCAGGGCGGAGUUGCCAUUCCUCCAGGUGCUGGCGCCCCUUCUGCAACGCUGGUAGGACAGCAGGUGGAGAACAAACUUCUUUCUGAUCAUGAACAUGGUCCACCUCGUGCAGAUAAAAAUGCGGACGAGAACGACAAGGCACCAGCACCACCAGCGUCUUCAGCGGCCAGUCCAGGAGGUUCUGAUGCAGAUUCUGCAGGAGGCUCUGCAACUUCAGAAGGAGCCACGACUCCAUCUCUAGUGGGCGUGGUCUCCGCGCAUACAAGUACUGGAAGUUCAUCGGGGAUGAACAAUUGCAAUUCUACUAGCGAAGAAACAACUACUUCCUCCUCCUCGACGCCCGCAACGGCAGCCUCUACUGCUACUAGUACAACAACGUCUACCUCCUACCACAGCCGUGCUGGUUCCCCUACAUCAACGGACAAGCCGCGCAACAAGAGCUCGAAUCCGCUGCUGUUGCAGAACACGAAGCAGUUUCUGCAAUUGCUGGAGGAGUACAUUUUCUCGGAGUACAAUUUUCUAGCCGAGGGAAUCUUUCACAACGAGGAUAACAGCACAUCAGAUUCCACCUCUUCCUCGAAGCAAAACAGCACGACUCGCAAGGUCACGACCACUCGUUGGCUGAAUGAUAAAAAGACGAAAACGAACUCGAAAGGCAAAGCCGACGAACCAGUACCCAUGCUGGACGACCCUUCUCCGGAGUUGCCAGUCGUGCCGGAGCUGAACAAGAACGCUUUUUUAUCCUGAGGAAAAACGUACCCACACCAGAGUCAGGAUGGGGAUUUUGCAACACAAACCUAGGAGUUUUGGGAGUCACGCAUGACAAGUUUGAGUCCGUAAUGUAGUGCAAGUUAGCAAGGAAAGCCACAUCACAACUCGAUCUGCUGAUCCUGUUUACAGCAUUACAAGUUCCCAAACACGAUUGAAAAUGCCUGUCAUGGGGUUGCGCAUCACAAAUGUUCCUGUCAUGGCAAAUCUGCAUGACAACUCUGGGGUGGGGACGUUUUUACACAGGAUAUUUUUCGCUCCGCGAGACAGCGGACGUGUACGAGCUACUCUUUCCGGAGGAAAAGCACGCCCAGAUCCAGCGGGUGGUGGGCGAAAAGGAGCUUUUUCUGCCCAAGUAUGGCCCGCUCAAACGUUACAAUCUCAAACGUUACAAUAGAGUCUGGAUUUUGUAUUGCAUGAAGAGCAUGGGGAACCAACGUAUAGAGAACUGAGCUUUUCGCAAUACAAAUUUCGCCAGAUUUCAGGUGGGUUUGGGACUCUGGAACUUGUUAUGCGCAAUCUUUUUGGAGUAGGCUAGAUCAUGCAGUUCUUGCAUUACAGAUUUCCAGAUUCUAUUGUAACGUUUGAGAUUGUAACCCCUGAGAGGGUUAUACCAAGUUCACCAAAUUUCUGGAGAUGCGGCUGCCGAAAAAGGCCUGGGAUGGCGUCGGAGGAGGUUUAUUUCACGGCGCAGCUGCAUCUUCUGCAAGGGUAAACAAUAAAUCGGCAGAAGAAGGAAAUCCUUCCGCACAAAGAGCAGAAGGUGUUGAACCCGGGCAGGAGCUGCAAAGCCAAACCCCCCAACACAUCGAAGGAGCCGUGGGUGCUAGUAGUGGACCUGCUCCUACUGCACCUCCACCCCCCGCAUCAUCACCAGCUCCGGUAGUUUUGUCGCCCACGCAGCAGCAACAGCUGGUCCAGGUGCUGCUGGCCCGCACGGCCGCGCGCGACCGAUACUUUCGCGGUUUUGCCUCGCUGCCCAUGCUGGAGACCAGCAGCAAUGGAGACUACAGGACCGCAAUGGAGGACGGGCAGCACCAGCUACCCGGUGCGCAAGACCACGCCGCAGCGUUUCACGAACAACUGGAACAGUUGCAGGAACAGAUUGAGGACCUGGACCAGCACUUGUUUGACAACGCAGCGCUGCGCGGCGGCAGCUCCUUCGAUUUCCACGACCUUGACACACCCCUGGCCGAGGAGUUCUUCAGUGAGCAAGCGCUGGACGCGCAGCUGGCCGAGCUCGAUCUGGAAUUCUCGGAUUUGCUAUGCAUUACAAACCGUACUCCUACUCGUAUAAAUGCAUUACAAAUUUUCUCAGCAUUAGAAAUGAAAUAAUGCGGAUUUACCUUGAGUAAAAAAAACUGCAAUUACUACGAGUGCGAUACUCUUGCGCAGGAUACUUGCUGGACUCCGACGACGUGUACAUCGACCUGCGUACCGAGCGAGACCUGCAAAGCACCCACCAGGACGUAGAUCACACGUGGCUCGACGAAUGGUCGUCCUCUUCUUCUACACCAGCGGGCUCGGUUUCGCAAUCUAGUGAUCAUCUCCUGGUCCCACCACCGCCCACCGCGGCGCAGCCGGACCUUCCAUCCGAUAAUACUACCAAGGAUGACGCGACAACUAGAGCCGCGUCAACCGCGCCGCCGUCUGAUUCUGAACAAAAAGAUUGUACUUCCGAGGGCCCAGUAGCAGGAGCACCCGGGCGGGGCGUUUCACCAUCAUUAAAACCUUCUGGACCGCAAGACCAAAAACAGGAUAAACAAGAAGUCGAGUCAUCGUUUUCGGUACGGCAACCGACUGAGGGCACCAGAACAGAACUCCCAAGAAAAAACGCGGAAAGUGCCUCAGGAGGGGGCGGAAAAAUAGCGUCCUCGUCCCCAGCCAGUAAUUCUAUUUCAGAUCAUCACGAUCCGCAGGGUCUUGUAGGGGAGAUCAGCACCAACAUCAAGGGACGAAGCCGCACGACUUCGUCUGGAGUCAACAACACUUCUUCAACUGAGUUCUUGCUGCGCAACAAGAACAAAAAGGUAGUUCUGUACCCGAACCGAAUCGAGCCGGGCACCGUUUUGAUUGGGCAUCCCCUGGGCCCGUAUUUCCAGCGAAACCUGCACAGAAGUGUGAUCGUCAUCACGGAGAAUUCGGAGGAGCAGUGCGCCGGCUUGAUUCUGAACAAACCGUUUUACCCGCCCACAGGUGGCUCAUCGCACAACAGCGCAUUAAGUAGAACAACGGAAAAAGGGAGAAGUUCGGCUGCAGCUUCGGGCACGAGACAAAGUAUGAAUGGAGGAAAGCUCGCAGAGUUUCUGCACACCUUCGGCACGCCUGCAGUUCCGUCGGUGGACAAGGAAAAUUUGAUGAGUUUCCAAGAGGACAAGAGUUAUGGAGUAGAUCGUGUGACGGGAGAAAGCGAUGGUGGCGCCGGUCGAUCAUCGGUAUCAAAUGCACAUAUGUUCUUGUCUCGGGCUGUUGACAUAAGGGUGCAGCUGCAGAAGAUUGUCAUGCAAUUCUUCUGCAAGAACGCAAUGUCUGUCGUUAUGCGCACAGAGCAUGACAAAUUCUGCGGAGGCUUUAUCUCCAUGCCCUGUCUGCGUGAGAUAUGCAGCCCUCCCAAAGAGAGAAAAAUCGCACUCUUACUUUUGCUGACUAUGCAACACAGAUUUAUUGUGCCAGUUCGCGUUCAACAGAAAUCCGCAUGACAAGUUUGCGCCCUUCCAGAGGACCCAGACAACAUAUCUGCAAUGCAUAAGCAGAAAUACCACAGGACCUCCUCCCACUCACCCUGGAGGAGGUGCUGCGCGUGGCCCAUGAUUUGCAAGAAAGCGAGAAAAACCAGCAGCUUUUUCGCAGCACAACAUCAUCAUCAACUGCGACUUCAACGAACGGCGCAGAAGUGGGCGGGCAGAUCUUAAGUACUCCUUUGUCACUUGCAGACCGCGCGGGAACCAACAGCACAAGGAGGGAAAGACACGCCCGACACCUGUUUCGGGCACUGGAAUCCUUUCCGUUCCACCGGGGCGGGGACUGUGAGCACAAGCAGUAUGACCUGCUCAAACGUUAAUACAAUCUCAAACGUUACAAAAGAAUUUGGAUUUUGUGUUGCAUGACGAGCAUGACAGACUCGGACAGCAUUCCACUUUCUGCAAUACAAAUUUCGCCAGAUUGUAGUGCGGUUUGGGACUCCGGAAGAACUUGUCAUGCGCAAUCCUAUGAGAGUUGGCUACAUUUAAUGCACCUCUUGCGUCACGGAUUUCGAUAUUCUAUCGUAACGUUUGAGAUUGUAACACCUGAGCAGGUUAUAAGCAGAAGGUCCAGAUUCUGCAUGACUGCGAGAACGUUGCGGGCGCCAUUCGUCUGCAUGACGGGCUUUACCUAUGAGAGUGCAGCACAACCCUUGUCUCAUUCGAAGGGCAUGAACGCCAAUAGAAGCACUAGCGCACAUGAUCAUGGAGCCUGAGCAUGACAAGUAAGUAGUUCCUGCGCCAAUAUUGUUCAACCGGAAUUUUGGAUGCAAACAGUGCCAAAGCACAGGAACUGGAUUUCUUGGCAUUUUCCAGCAUGACAACAAAGUGAGGGAAAGGAGGAGUCACGCACUCGCAUAGCACCUGGACGGAAACGUACAGGAGAUCGUGGAGCGGUCGGGUUGCUACGACUUGCUAAACGACGAUCCUCACUCUGCUGCAACUACCACACAUGAUUGCAAGAACAUAAACAACAACAGCCGGAAUCCGAACGUGCACGUUCAUCUUUUUGGCGGCACCUGCCUCUGGGCGAAAGGCCAGCUGGAAACGGAAUUGGAACGAAAUUUGUGGCUUCCCUAUCCACGGAGAAAGACACAACAAAAUAAAAACAUGUACUAUUUAUUGAGUUGCUUGUAUUAUUCUGGCGUAUGUAAAAGCUUUGUAAGGCAGAGACGACUGCACCUACACUCACCACGAUAUUUUUUUUUUUUUUUUGCAUGCAAAAUGCGGUCUGUACUCUGCAUCUUCAAUGCCUCUGACAAAAUGGACUGGCGCUGGGAACCCAGAAAAUUUCUCAUGCUGGCCAGACAACAGGCAUGA